AUGAAAGUACUUCAAAAAGUGGAUGAGUUAUGCAGGAAUUAUCUGUGGGGGAAAAAUGACCAGUCUCUCAAAGUUGCUCUUGUUUCUUGGGAGAAAAUUUGUUUAUCUAAAGAUCAGGGAGGCCUGGGUAUAUAUUCUGCUGCAAAUUGGAACAGAGCCUCUGCCAUUAGGAACCUGUGGUAUGUUCACAUCAACAAAGAGCUGCUGUGGAUCAGAUGGAUUCAUGGUAAUUAUUUGAAGAGAGACAGCAUAUGGCAAGUAAAAGCAAGAAAUGGGGAUUCUUGGACUUGGAAGCAGAUGUUGAAAAUAAGAGACAAUGCUUUGAUUCAAUGUGGAGGGGAGGAAAAUCUGAAACAGCUCUUAGCUUCAUACUACAAAAAUACAAAAAUUCAGCUCUCUUCUCUUUACAAGCUAUUCUCCCAUAAUUCUAGUAAAGUGCCAUGGAGCAACACUGUUUGGGGAGGUUUGAACUAUCCUAAACAUUCCUUUAUUUGUUGGCUUGCUGUCCAAAACAGGUUGCAAACAAGGGAUAGAUUGAUGAAGAGAGGGAUCGUGAUGUUGUGGCUCCAAUUCAAAUGGAGAGCCUGCAAUUGGCAUAAUCUUCUGGACUGGUACUGUAACAAGCUUAGAGGUAGAGUGCAGGAGCAAAGACCAAUUGAUAAAGGAAAUCAAGAUGGACAUACUGAUCAUUGUCCUUAA